GAGGCGGGGCCAGGCCGCCCCGCGCACCUGCGGGAGCUGGAAGCGGCGGACACGCCCCCUCGGCGGGUGGAGACGGUUCAGCGUAGCAAACGCGUUCAUUACUCCUGUGUCCGAUUCAGAAGGGUUUCCUUCAUAAAGUGGUACAAACGUAACCGACAUUGUCAGAGGAAGGUUCUACCUUAGGAAAACCAGGCCUUUCCAGCCUCCAGGACAGACUGCGCUCGGUCUACGCCCGCAGUCUUCGUAGGUUGUCUGCUGCUGUCUGCACCUGUGUUCGGCUACCUGGGCGACCGGCACAGCCGCAAAGCCAUGCUGAGCAUUGGGAUCCUGCUCUGGUCAGGGGCGGGCCUCUCCAGCUCCUUCAUCUCCUCCCAGUACUCCUGGCUCUUCUUCCUGUCCCGGGGAGUCGUGGGCAUGGGCUCCGCCAGCUUCUCCACCAUCGCGCCCACCGUGCUGGGCGACCUCUUCGUGAGGGACCAGCGGACCCGGGUGCUGGCCAUCUUCUACAUCUUCAUCCCCGUUGGAAGUGGCCUGGGCUACGUGCUGGGCUCGGCUGUGUUGCAGCUGACAGGGAACUGGCGCUGGGCCUUCCGAGUCACGCCCUGCCUGGAAGCCAUGGCUCUGAUCCUGCUUAUGGUGCUGGUUCCGGACCCUCCCCGGGGAGCUGCUGAGAAGCAGGAAGAGGUGGCCAUGGGGGGCCCGAGGGGCAGCUGGUGUGAGGACGUCAGAUACCUGGGGACGAACUGGAGCUUUGUGUGGUCGACCCUUGGGGUGACUGCCAUCGCCUUUGUGACUGGAGCCCUGGGCUUCUGGGCCCCCAAAUUUCUGUUCGAGGCCCGUGUGGUGCACGGACUGCAGCCUCCCUGCCUCCAGGAGCCGUGCAGCGGCCAGGACAGCCUGAUUUUCGGGGCACUGACUGUCGCGACCGGCAUCGUUGGAGUUGUCCUGGGGGCGGAGGCUUCACGGAGGUACAAGAAGGCCAACCCCCGGGCCGAGCCCCUCAUCUGCGCAUGCAGCCUCCUCGCUGCGGCCCCCUGCCUCUGUCUGGCUCUGGUCCUGGCCCCAACCACGUUCCUGGCCUCCUAUGUGCUCCUGGCUCUCGGGGAGCUGCUUCUGUCCUGCAACUGGGCAGUGGUUGCCGACAUCCUGCUGUCGGUGGUGGUGCCCAGGUGCCGGGGGACAGCAGAGGGUCUGCAGAUCACGGUGGGCCACAUCCUGGGAGAUGCCGGCAGCCCUUACCUCACUGGACUGGUGUCCAGCACCCUGAGGGCCGGGCGCCCGGACUCGUACCUGCAGGCCUUCCUCAGCCUCCAGCAGAGUUUCCUGUGCUGCGCAUUCGUCCUCGCCCUGGGCGGGGGCUGCUUCCUGCUGACGGCGCUGCGCCUGGAGAGGGACCAGGCCCGGGCCCGGGCUCCCGGCACGGGGACCCCGGACAGCAAGGACAUGGAGAGCCGAGCCCUGCUUUCUGGUGCUGCCACAGAGCCCCCCUGAGGCCCCCGCCCCUCCCGCCACGGCAUCAGGGCCCGGUCCCCUCUGGCUGCGGCUCAGGGCCCCCGGCCGAGCUGCACCUGCCACUUCUUCCCUGCAGCCAGAGAGCUGGCAGCGCCUGUGGCGGGGAAUUGAGCUGUCAGCGCCCUCGGCAGGAGGCCUGUGCCCGCGCCUCCGCCCCGCACGCCCCGGGUCCUCAGCCCGGUUGCCAGUGGCCCCGAUUAAAGGUGGAUUUCAGGCC